CGCUGUUUCACAGUGAUUGUUGUGAAACGAUUUUUGAAAAAAAUUUAACUACAUGAUUUAAGUAAUUUUAGACAUGUUUCAUGAUCUGCGGGUGGAUUUGAGGCAAAAAAGAACCACAGCAAUGGAUGGGUCUUCGAGACCUCCGACGCCAUAUCCCGUAUUUCGGAAGACAUGCAAGAUGGCAUCAGAUCCCGAGAAGAAGAAGGAGGAAGACAUUGCCGGCUACUGGCGAGAAUUACUGCAGAAGUCCAUGUUGACCGGAGUGCCGCAGAUCGUCGCUGCUCCGACCACGCGGAGUAAGGUCUUCAAGACAUUCGUUUUGCUGGGAAGUAUCACUGGGUUCUUAUAUCAGACUUCUGCCUUCCUUGUGAUAUAUUUCUCUUACCCAACCCUCGUGGACGUCCAAGUCACCACUCCACCCUUUGUCGAUGUCCCCGGCAUUACAAUUUGUAACCGGAAUGGGCUCCGUCGUCGCGAGUACUGUCGCAUCAAACCAAACAUGUGCGAACCCCUGGAAGAUCUGGGAAGUUUCUGCAGCAAGUAUUCAACAGCUUGCAUUAAUGGAGAACUCAUAGGCGGAAACAUGUUUCCUAAAGAAGAGGCGCUGGUAGAGGAGGCUAGAGUCGUCCAAAGUGUGAUACAGAAAAUCGGCCAUCGUUCCUACCCGCUGGUGUCGCGUUGUGAGUUUGAAGUGGUCAAUGUCUCCUUUGACUUCUGCAAGAAUGAGACUUUUAAGCAGUUCGUGUUCCAGGACAUGUACGGGAAGAUGAAGCAAUGCUACAUCAUAAACGCCCUGUGGUCCAAGAAGGCCCUCAAUCAUCCAAAGGUGCCCACAAGAGCAGUACUAAAACUAGUGCUAGACUUGGAACCUGAGGAAUCAUUUCGCCUGGAUCGUGUCGUUGCCGGUCAAAUGGCCAUCCAUUCAGCUUGGGACGUUAUUAAUCCUUUUCAGCAAGGCUUCACCGUCAAGCCCAAAAAGUCGUACAGGAUUCAUAUCAAGGAGAAUAUCAAGAAUCUUCUGCCGUAUCCCUACCAGACCAAUUGCACGGAUUAUAUCGUGGCUUGGCAGAGUAGAGGUCUCUAUGGUCCCCUCUCCAAAGAGAUGUGCAUGGAGGAAUGUGUGCUAAAUCAGACGUUAGAUAACUGUCAAUGCGUGCUGAACAGUAACCUGUAUCCGCACAAUUUCAAAUUUUGUGGAGAAGAGACUGACAUCUGUACCGAAAAAGUAAACUACACACACUGUUUCGUCAAGUGCGCACCUGCAUGCCAUUCCCGAAGUUUCGAGUACAAGGUGGAAGAAGAGGAUUCGUUGUUGCCAUUAUUGAAUUCCAUUGCCGAUGUGACUGAUGUCGCUUCGUCUGGAUUGCAGGGAUCACAAGAGGCGUCUGCUGCACAUUAUAACUGGAAUCGAACUACAGUGAUCUUUAUCAUAUUCAAAAGGACAGAAGUCAAUAUUUAUAGGUACAGGCCCAAAUACGAGAGUAUCGAGUUCUUCAGUUUCUUGGGAGGAUUCAUCGGCAUCUGGCUGGGGGUGUCCCUCAUCGCAGUCCUCGACUUCAUAGAAUCUGUGUCCACCUUCUUCGUGUUCCUCUUCGAUCGACUCAAGAGUUCUUCCAUAUCGGACCUCAAGACACGGAUACGAACCAGUUCCACAUUCUCUUCAGAUUCCUUGCCGUGGGCCACAUCCAGACACCGAGAUCGAGAUGCUUCACCAUCCCGCCGAGAGUAUGGAUCCUCCCUGCACCCCUGAAAUCACUGCCGUGGAUUCCCCCACAUCCCGACACCGAGAUCCUUCAUCGUACCGCCGAGAAUAUGGAUCUUCCCUGCAUCCCUGAAAUCACUGCCGUGGAUUCUCCCACUUCCCUACACCGAGAUCCCUCCCAUACAGCCGAGAAUAUGGAUCUCCCCUGCAUCCCUGAAAUCACUGCAGUAGAUUAUCCCACAUCACGACACCGCACCAUACCACAGAGAUAUGGAUCUUCCCUGCACCUCUGAAAUCAAUGCGGCGGAUUCUCCCACAUCCAGACACUGAGAUCCUUCACCAUUCCGCCGAGAAUAUGGAUCUUCCUUACACCCCUGAAUUCACUGCCGUGGAUUUUUUCCUUUCUGUUUUCCGAAAUUGUGAAAGCACCGUUGGUUUCUAGAAAGAAGAUUCAUCGUCACCAUUUCUAGAGCUUGUGCAUAUUGAAGAAACUACAUCAAGUAGUUCAGCAGUGAAAAAAAAUCGUCAUUAUGAAUAAAUUAUUAUAAUUUUAUAAA